GGAACGCCCUCCUUUAGAUACAUGUUGCAACCGGUUGUAAGAAACUAGCAUGGUAACGAAUAGACGUUAUCACUUUAUAAACCGUUAAACGAACUUACAGCAACAAUGGACGACCGUCAGCUCGACCUGACAGAGGCACAGAAAGCUACGAAGUCAAAAUACCCGCCUAUUAACAAGAAAUAUGAGUAUCUGGAUCAUACAGCAGAUGUACAAAUCCACUCCUGGGGAAGCUCUCUAGAGGAGGCGUUCGAGCAGUGUGCCAUGGGCAUGUUCGGCUACAUGACGGACACGGAAACAGUAGAACCACUUGAUACUGUUGAGGUUGAAUCAGAGGGUGACGACAUGGAGUCUCUUCUUUUCCACUUCCUAGAUGACUGGUUAUACAAGUUUUGUGCAGAUCUCUUCUUUGUUCCCAGGGAGGUCAAAGUAUUACACAUAGACAGAAUGAACUUCAAAAUCCGCUCCAUUGGUUGGGGUGAGGAAUUCUCUCUGGAAAAGCAUCCACAGGGGACUGAGGUGAAAGCCAUCACAUACUCCGCAAUGCAGAUCCACGAUAAAGAAAAGCCAGAGAUAUUUGCCAUCAUUGAUAUCUGACGACACCUCCAGAGGCAGACUGCACUCCUGGUUCAAUGGAACUGGAAUAUCUACUCGGCCAAUUUAACUGGCCUUUUAACUGAGGCACUGAUUAUUGACUUGUAAAAUCUGCUUUUCUACUUUUUAAGUUGAACUGUUUACAAACAGGAGCAUUUCCCAACAUUUCUUGUGAUUAUGGGUGCACGAUGGAAGAGCUCUCUGAUACAUACAGAUGCGCAAUAUGACACUGAUAUCUUAUAAACUACAUUAUUACAGAAAUCACAAAGCCAUGUAAUUAAUUGAACUCUACUUUAAAGCAUAGUAAAUGUAAAACAAUGUAUUUCAUUUUUAAAACACAUUUGUCAACCCGCUUUUACUGGAAAUGCUUUUGAAAAUUCUUAUUUAUCACAUUUCAGUUGUGCUGGUGCCUUAUUUGUCAUUGUAAAUAAAUCUACUGAUGUUUAUUUUUCUUCCUCGGGAUGAUUAAAUGGUAACUGGUACCUCAAAAUAAAAUCUUGCUUUUGAA